AUGCGGGGCUUUGUGCGGCAGGGGCUGCGAAGCACCGGGGACUCGACGGGGGCGCUGGACGUGGAUGGGGAGGACAAGCACAUCAAGAAGGACCUUGGAGAUGCCGCGGUCAAGAAAGCGGUGGACCGAAUCAACAGCCUCAAGGUGGCCACACAUGCUGAGACGGCCACCGUGAUCGGGGUACCCCAGAACGUCUACCUCGAAUACAUCAAGGAGGAAAUCCUCACGGAGAGCAACUUCCUGGAGUUGCCCUGGACCAUCAUGCUGGUGGUCUCCUUCGCGGUGCUUGUCUUAGGGCUCCUGCAGCGGGACACCUACUUCGCGCUGCAGGACGCCAUUCAGAACAACGUGAGGCAGAGUGCCACCUUCGCCUGGAGCGGGCACUUUGGGCACAAAAACUUCGAGCAGGUAGACUCCAUCGCCCAGUUCUGGUCCUGGAUGAGGUUGGGCCUGCUGCCCCUCAUGGUGCAGCCCAGCUGGACCUACAGCGAGGCAGUCAAUGGCACUUUGCCCUCCCAGUGGCUUUUCCAGGGCUACCUCUCUCCCGCGCCGGUGCAGAACGACUACCUGAGGUACGCGAAGCUGCUUGGCGGAAUUCGGCUGCGGCAGGUGGUGGCAGGCACCGGGCCCUGCACCACGCCCUCCCUGAUCGACGCGGAUCAAUUCACUGCGUGGCUCCAAAAGCCCUGUGUGCCAAGCAACUUUGCAGGCCAGACGCCCCAGGCGCCGGACGCGGAGGACUUCGCUGGUUUUUCGAAAGUUGAGCAUCUCUUUCCAGACCUGGACAGCUUUGAACAGUUGCAGCAGCAACUCCGUGACAUGGAGGAUGGCUGCAACUACGCACAUUCCAUGGGGAAUAUGUCUGCUUGCCGCUGCGAAUGGUGCAGAGCCCAGAAUCCUCGCCAACCCUGGUUUGAUGAGCGCACAGUUCGCGUGGAAGUGAGCUUUGUCAUUUACAACGCCCAGUAUGGUGUCUACACCUAUGUGUCCAUCAACUUCUUCCUGAACCGUGCCGGCCAUAUGCACAAAUUGAUGCACGAAAUCUCUUCCCCAUCUGACCCCUUCGACCUGCCUGCUGACAGGCUUGUGCCUAUCCUUGUCGCAGGGGCCAUUUGGGGGAGCCUCCUCCUCAGCAUGUUGGUGUUGGAGAUCAAGGAUGUCUUUCGCACGGUGCGGACUUCGCGAUUGCCUUUCUUCCAGGCUGUGAUCCACGACUACUUCGGCUUUUGGAACAUCGUGGAUUGGGCCGCCAUCGCCUCGGGGGCUCUAGCUGGCGGCUUUUGGCUCCGUAUGGCCCUGCAGGCCCACAAUGUUAACAUCCUCCUUCCGGACGUGGUCAGGGGCAGCCUGGAGUCGGGGAGUGACCCCGAAAGCCGGUGGAUGUACCAGGCCUCGGUGGAGAAUUUGCUGGCUGCAGUGGAAAACCUGAUCAUGACCACUUCUGUGGGCACCGUGACACUGACUUUGUACCCGAUUGUGGUGAUGCUGCGGCUCUUCAAGUCCUUCCAGGCGCAGCCCAGGCUGGCCAUCGUCACGGCCACCAUCAAGACGGCGGUGCCCGACCUGAUGCACUUCUCCCUGGUCAUUGUUUGUGUCUUUGGCUGCCUUUUCGUGAGUAGCAUCCUCUUCUUUGGCCAGGACCUGGAAGAGUUCAGCACUCCAGAGCAUGCCUUCCGCUCCUCUUGCCUGGCAGUGCUAGGCCACUGGGAUUGGGGAACCGCCAAGGAGAUAGGCUACUUCAGGUCCGCAAUUUGGCUGUGGAUUUUCUGCAUCAUCUUGUCCUUUGUGGCCCUCAAGAUGGUCCUUGCCAUCAUCCUUGAUGCUUACGCAUAUGAGAAGGAGAAGGCCUCAGACUACAAGACCCUUGUGCACCAGGCCUCGGAGGCGUUGCGACGACGCCGGCAGCGCCGACGCGGAGAGCGAGUGAACCUGCGGGACGUCUUCGAAGCUUUCCGGAAGGAGGCGAAAGGCGACAUCAAGGGCAUGAUGGUGAAUCGCACCUUGAUUACUCCGGACUCCUUGAUGAACACCGUGCCGAAGAUGCCCUUCAACCAGGCCCUGCGAACUUUAUCGCACGCUCUGGAACGACAAGAGCGCGUGGAGAUAGGGCACUUGACGGAGGAGGGGCAACGACGAGAGAUGCAGAAGAACCUCGAAGACUUCCAGCAGCGAAUGGAGGACGUGUGCCGCGACGUGGAGGCUGUGGCAGGGGAGCUGGACUACUUUGAGAGGCUCCAAGCUUCCGGGGAUGCGACCUACGACUUUUAUUUCGGUGAAGAGCAUUUGUCUCAGGACAAGACCUCAAAGGCCUGGAUUCACAAGAUGGUCAGUGAGAUGUCUGGGGAGCUGAACAGCACCUUCUCGCAAGGCUUAGACAAAUACCGGGAAUGGCAAGGCCGGAUUGAGGGGGAGCAAACGGAACUCCACGAGGCGGUCACAGAAAUGCAGAGUUUGGUGCAGCAGCACACGGGGCUUGUCCGCGAGAUGACGCUUGCAGUGGAUCGCUUGUUGGAGCCUGGCCACACCGCAUUGCUGGCGAAUGCCGGCGAUGUCAAAGCGCAGCCCAGCCCGGGCUUCGCCUCGGACAAGCGGGGCGUGGUGGAGUUCGCGGGCCGGGAGCUGGGCUCCUUCAUGGCGCUCCUGGCCAAGGGCAACCCCAAAAACGUGGAGCUGCUUUUCUCCGGCAAGGCCGCUCACCGCAGCUGGGCCUGGGAAGAGCUGCUGGAAGCCCGGACCUGCUUCCUGACCUUGCGCUGCGCAAAGCAAUACAUGGGCUUCAUCUCGGAGAGGCUGUACCGCGCCCAAGACCUGCUGAAGGUUGAGGAAGGUGAUGGCUUGAACCCGCAAAAGGCCUCGGAGUUGUCCAAAUUGCUCUACCAUGCGAAUCACAAGAUGCUGGAACUUGACCGGAUUCUGCAAGGAGGCUCCCCUGCAGUGGCACUCACUGGCAAGGAGCGGCAAGCUGUGCUGCAGCUGCGCUUGCAGAGGCCCAGCAGCCUGGCAGAGGCGCGGAAGCUGGUGGAGCAGGCGGAGCUGUUUCGGGCGCAGCUGGCGACCGACCUCAAGGCCGCCGAGUCGGAGCAGCGCCUGCCCGCAGAGGUGGAGGCAGAGCCGUUGCUCCGGUGGCUGCGCAGCGUGCGAGUGCGGAUGGCGCUCGGGGUCGGCCCUGGCCCCUCGGGAGGCGCAAAGCCUCUGGCGCCUCUUGCACGGACCAGGUCUUCCGAGGAGCAGGAAGCCAUCAAAGACUUGAUCCAGGAGAUCUCACUCUCUGAAGGCAUCCAGGUAGUUGUCGCAGGAUAUGGCAUUUGCUCCCGCACUCUCGGGACCAGUCACUCCAAGUCAGACCAUGACAUCAAGUGCAUCUUCGUGCACCCCCGAGACGCGUACUUCGGUCUGAAGUCGAUGGCCACCACCUUCAAGCGCCAGUUCGCGGGCGCGGCCGCCGGCGACGACGUGGAGAUCUCCGGGUGGGAGGCGCGGCAUGCGAUGCAGCUGCUGGCGGAGGACAACCCUGCAGUGCUGGGGCUGCUGCUCUCGCCGAUCAUUUUCCUGGGCGAGGAGUGGCGAGCUCGGCUCGAGGACAUGGCAUCGAAGCUGUUCAGCAGGCAACGGCUCAUGUACCACUGGUACAACCACGGCCGCAAGAACUUCCAGAGCUAUAUCAAGUCAAGCGAAGAGCCCCUGCGAAAACGCUACGUCCACGUCCUGAGGCGUGGGUUCCUUGGAGGGGUGCUGGAAAGCGAAAACACUUGCCUCGGUGUGGCUGAUUUGGACCAGAAGUUCGUGGACGUGGGUAAGUUGACCGUUUACUGGAUUGCACUUGCGCAUGUAAUUGUUGCGUGCAGUGAAGCUUGA